AUACCUGGCUACUUGGUCAGUUCUUAAUUGACUUACAUCAGAUAAGGAGUGUAAGAUUUUCAUGUUCUGGAAAGUUUGUGGAUAUAACUUCAAGUAUUCGAGGGAUCUGUAACGAAGCAAACAUGAAGUGAAUGAUAUCUACGAUGAUCCGUCAAGGAUGAGCAAUGUUGAAUCAACCAAGCGGGAAUAUUUGGAUACUGAUUCUAUUAGCAGUAUUGGUACCAUGGCCCACAACACUGACCCAGCAACUACCCCUCGUACCGUCUGCUGUGGGUAGUGGCCGCGCCCUCUGCCCCCCGGGAUGGCUCCCGGCGUCCGUGCCAAAGGCUGGUUUUGAGCUGGUCCGGUCUAGGAUCUGUGUCAAGGUCAACUUGGAGAGGCGAUGGACGGAGGCUCUGGGACUGUGUCGGGCGGGGCGGGCGUUUCUGGUCAAACUGGACUCGAUCGUCACCUUGGGCGGGGAGUCGCUGUUUGAUUACCUGCGGCAGAGAGGUGUACGUACCAUCUGGACAGGUGUACACCACAAGUACGGCACGCUGCUCUGGGACGAGAUGAAGCCACGGAUGCUUAAAGCAUACCUCGGAGAGAGCGAGCGCUACGGAUGGAACAAGCGAGGCUGGAAGUUCGACUCCAGCUCCUACAGGCUGGGGAACAAAACCUGCGGGGCCCUAGACCUGGGGGAUCCCAGGGUCAGAAGGGCCCUGGCUCCUGCAGACAGGCGGGUGGUCAAGCGCAGGGCCGCCUCCCCCGCGGCCACAGUGACGCCAAAACCCCAGACAAAGCCCGGGUCAACGAGCCAGGGCGCGGGUUCCAGUGCUCGGCCAACGGCUCCAACAGAAAAGCUGGCACCAACACUGCAAGCUGCUUCAACGUCUGAGAGCUGGCGCGGACAAGUUCCUAAACCACUCGACCAAUCGACGCUAGGGUCAAGAGGUCAGCAGACCACCACAACAACAACCACCGAUCCAUCGGACCUUGAAGACAUCGAGCAGCCGCCCACCAUCCAGGCCACGCCCACAGACGCCAAGACAGCUUUAAGCGGCGCCACCACCAAAUCCCCACCCCCUCCAAACGAGACAUCCGGACAGACGACUACGUCAUCAUCCCCUGACACCACGAUUUCCGGCACCACGACCCCUGACCCCGCGUCUAUCAUCGACAGUUUCCGCAGUCCCCUGGACAACCCCGGCAACGACCACGACAUUGCCGCCCACGACGACCCCCUCCUGCGUGUCCUCCAGCCGCAGGUAGCCUACGCCUCUGAGACCCAGCACGCCAUCCAGCAGGCCCGCUCGCCCCUGCUCUCCUCCGAGAGCUGGGACAGUAACGAGAUAGCCCAGCUGCUGCUCCCCAACCUGAUGGCCGGCACGCGGACCUCCAACACAACAUCCAACCCGCUGCGGGCACUGGUCCGCACAAUGCAACAACAAAACACCACAGCAAAACUUCCGCCCACCACGACAAAAAUCCCACUCGUCCAGAACCUGACUAGCACCACCCCACCCCCGCUAAACACGUCACGGGUCACCGUGACACAGAUGCAGGAGAAAACACCAGAGACCCGACCCAGCCUCGUUCUGACGUCACCCAAACCCAGCACCCUGCUCAGACCCACCGCAAGUCUUAGUCUGACGUCAUUCUUCAACACGACGCCAAAGUCUUUGACAACCACAUCAACAACAGAACCAACAAGUACAUUAUCUACAUCAACUACAACAGCUCAGCAAGCAUCGUCUACGACAACAGAUACAUCGACAUCGACAUCAACAACACAAACAACCUCUUCUACAACAACUCAACCAACACCAUCACAAACCACAACACGACUAACAACCCCAACUACAACUACGUCCAAAAAUGCAUCAUCACUCAAAGAUUUACUCAAAUCUAACGACAACCUAAAUAGAGCAACCCUACCUCCAAUCAAAUCUUUAAUCGAGCCUUUGCUCCAACGGCUGCUUCCGCUCCAGAACACAACAUCCGCCCCUCUGAGCUUUGACCUGGAUAGCUCUAAAGAAAACACAGACAGCGUUUCCUCAAACUCAUCCAGCACCAUAGACAAGACGUCACCCACGUCCUUAGAUCUCAACUCAACGUCUGAUAACUCUACCACAGACGGCAACAGUGGUGAAGAAGACGUGACACCAUCAGCAAACACCACCCGCAUCAAACACCACCGAGCCAACAGGACCCAGGACACCUCUAGCAUUGACCUUGACCUAGGCUCCGAGUCUGACGAAUCUCUAAACAAGAUGCUCGGCAGUUUUGAUCUGGAUCUUUUUGGCGCGGCACUAAAUCCUCCAGCCGGCGCAGCGAUAGCUAGUGCAGCAGCCACAACCACAACCUCACAGACCACAACAACAUCAGUAACCACAUCCACCACAACCACCACACCCACGCCACAGAAACCAACAUCCGAGUCUCCCCCCACCUCGACCACAUCCAAACCUCCCCCGGUCGUCACAAUACAAACUGGCAGAGACACGACUACAGUCAAACCUGGCCAGGUGAACGAGGAACCACGCAAGGAACCAAUCAGCGUGGAGAUCGACGCCAGCCUAGAGAAGCCGAGCCUGGACACGCCCACCAACAGAGACUGGGAACUUUUCUCCACAGAGAGGAUGGAACCCGUCUCUAGCGAGUCGUCGGAAAAGGUUGACAUCGACGCGGCGUCAGUGCUGCGUCAGAGUCAGCUGAUGGAGCCGAUAGACGUGAUGGCACUGAAGGACUGUGACGAGAUUCACCCGUCUGUCUGUGUGUCUGAGGCCAUAGAGGAGCUUUCAUUGGUGAGCCACUGCGACAAGAACUGGUACGGUCACCGCCUGUUGGACAGGUGCUACAAGCCCCAGGGGUCACUGCUGACUGAGAUUCGAGCUCGCGAGAUGUGUAAGCAAAGUGGCGCCACCCUCGCUACGGCAGACAACUCUUUCUACGGCAACAUCACCGCCAUGCUGCUCGAUGGAUUCGUAGCCAGUAAAGUUCUGGGCAGGAGAAUCUGGCUGGACACGACCUUGAACCUUGACCUACCUGUAGACGGCAACUGCUCACUGUUGGAGGACGGCACCAUCCAAAAAGUCAGGUGUGACCUGAGCUUGCCGUUCAUCUGCCAGAAGGAUGCCAAGUUUGUCCAAACUUUUGCUGACAACGUUGAAGUGAAUACAGUGACCGUGGUCCAAAACAUGACGUCAUUCCAGCCCCAAACCCUGCCCUGCCCCCUGAGCAUGUCCGCGUUUGAUGAGGUCAUAGUUUGGUUCAAAGAUGGCCGCCCUCUCAUUGACAUGACAGAUGACCAGAGGUCAUCCUAUGGACAAAGGAAUGGACAACUGCCAAACAAUCUGGAAAUCGACUACAGCAUUCUGGAGAGGGUGGGGGAGGGAGGGGCGAGGAUCCCCAAACAGGCCAUGCUGCAGGGGGAGUACUGGUGUGAGAUAUGGAGGCCCCAGCCCUUUCACAGGGUCGUGUCUGACAAGAUCUUCCUCAAGUUUACAGAUGUGAUUACACUGAGGGGGGUCAUUCAAACAAAGCCCCCCACCUUCAGGGAGGCGGCGCUAUUCAACAGGAUGGGGGUGAUGGUGGGGCUACCAGCCCGCAUGGAGACGCUGAUGGCGGUGAUGAACAAGAACAUCACCCACACCCUCAGGGCGGUCCUACCCAUCGUCCGUGACGUCAUCACUUUCAUCAAACGGACCAGCCCAGAGGAUGGACGAACGGAAUUCGUGACUUACAUCACCAUUGCAACAGGAGACCUCUCAAUGCCCAUGCGCGGGAACUUGGCUGACAUGUACCUGUCCUCGUUCUACGACGCGCUGGUGCAGAACGAGGACAUGAUACGUGCCCAGUGGAACGUGACGCUGCCCUUUAUAUCAGCUGUGUCAGUCUCUAUGACAGACAUGUGUCCAGAGACCAGCCUGUAUGACAAGACAACCGGCUACAACGCCACAUUCCCCAGUACCACGGUCAACACCUACGCCACAAGCAGGGACUUUUGUGCCAACGGUCAGCCCUCAGGGUCAGCCUUCUGUAAAGGUGACCUUCAGACCGGCGCCUACUGGGACACAUGGAAGGUCACCACCUCCUGCUUCACGUCCAGUGGGAUUCGAACCGCCUCCUCCACACCUCGGCCCAACAACACCACACGGAAAGGUUUCGACACGCCCAUCUCUUCAGAUCUACACAAUCCAGAGCAGGUGAUAGUGCCAGACAACGUGGGCAAUGCCAGUGAACGUCUGAACAGUGUGGUCAACCAACCAGGUGACUUGACCAAGCUGGACAUCCAGACAGUGGCAGACGAGGUUGGCAGGAUUGUGGCAGUGGAGAAACCACCACGGGAGAUUAGCCAACAGCUGGUGGAUACAAUCAAUAAAGUGAUGGAGGCCCCAGAGGAGGAACUGGUGCAGGCAGAGACGGGCAGUAAGGCCACCUCAAGACUUGUGGCUGACCUUGAAAGUUUCGGCUCUAAGGUGGACAUGGGGUCCGACCCCCGGGUGCGGUACGUGACCCCCAACGUGGCCAUGGAACUCUGGAACAUCAAGAGCUCCGGUGAUGUCGUCAUUGGCUUCGGCGCCACGGAGUCGGAGAGCUGGUUCGAUCCCCUGUCAGAACCUCGCAUUCUCACUAUCAAGAACCGCACUUGGUCGGAACAAAACUUGCCAGGUUUUGAUAUCGCCAUUGAGUUGCCAGAAAGUCUUGUCAAAAACUCAAUGAGAAUGUACAAAGAGGACCCGGACAAGUCCUUGAGGCUGACCAUGUUCCUGUACAGGAAGACAGCCCUGUUCACGGCCAGCGAGACAGCCUUCCCCCAGAGCACCCUCAACAGCCCCAUCAUCUCGGCCAGUCUGGGGGGUCUCAAGAUCGUCGGGCUACAGGAGAAGGUCCGGCUGGUCUUCAAACCCUUCCUGGACGACAAGGACCGAGAGAAACGAACCAGGUGCGUCUACUGGGACACGGAGAGCGGCCCCACCCCCAGGUGGUCGGACCAGGGGUGUACCUACAACGGUACCCUGAACGGGCGGGACGUCUGUCUGUGUGAUCACCUGACCAACUUUGCCAUCCUGCUGGACUUCUAUGGAGACGAGAAACCCAUCUCCGCUGAAAACGAGACGUCUUUGAGUAUUCUCUCUCUAAUUGGCAUCGGCCUGUCCAUAUUUGGUCUGGCUAUCACCAUCAUCACGUUUCUGGCCUUCAAAAAACUCCGCCAGGGUCGGGCCCAGCAGACGUUAUUCAACAUGGCCAUAGCCCUCCUGUGUUUCCAGACGACCUUCCUGGUGGGGGUGAAGCAGACGAGCAUCCGGCCUGUGUGUCUGACCGUCUCCGUCCUGCUCCACUACCUGAUCCUGGUCUCCUUCGCCUGGAUGCUGAUAGAGGCCGUGUUGCAGUACCUGACAUUCGUCAAGGUGUUGGGCACCUACAUCUCACGCUACACCCUCAAGACCGUGCUGCCGGCCUGGGGUCUACCCCUGUUGCCUGUCAUCGCAGUGUUGGCCACAGACUACAACCUUUACCUUGGGCGGUCUAAUUAUUGCUGGAUGGACCUGCACGCCUUCUACUACGCCUUCGCCCUGCCAGUGGGCAUCAUCGUUCUCUUCAACAUCAUCAUGUUCUUCGUCAUCAUCGUCAGUCUGGUGACCCGACCCAAGGGACUCCGGAGUACCCAGGCCAACAGCAAGACACGGGAGACAAACCUCAAGGCCGCAUUCACCAUAUUUGUCUUGUUAGGUUUAACCUGGCUGUUUGGGUUCCUGGCUGUUGAAGACGCCCGCCUGCCAUUCCAAUACGCCUUCACCAUCUUCAGCUCCCUGCAGGGGUUUCUCAUCUUUGUGCUCAUGGUGGCACGGAGGAAGCAGGUACGAGACCAGUGGUGCGCGGCGUGUUGCACAAAGAAAAAUGGCGCCCAGCACCGCCAGAAGCAGCUGUCCCCCAGCUCCUCCAGCUCCAACAGCAGCAUCAACCACAGCCGCACGCUGCCCAGCUUCGUCAACCACACCUACACCGGCGACUCAGUCAUCAUCAAACCCGGCAGUCGCAGGGAGAGCACCCUAUCAGCCUAGCUCCCAGUUUAAACAGACUCUCAAAAAGUGCUUUCGAGUUAGAGCAAUAAAAAUUAUGUAAUUAUGAUGGAGUGUCAUUAACUUAAAUAAUAAUUUUUAAAACGUGCAGUUUUUUAUAAUUAAAAUUUUAUAAAAACAAAUAUUUUGAAAAGGGAUAAAAAUGUGAGGUAGGGGAAACAACUCAUCUAAUUUGUUUUCAUUAAAAAUCAUUUAAGUAAUUAUCUCCCUUCACAAUGGAUUAAUAUUUGUAAGAAAUGUGACAGUCUUUCUUGGUUUGAAAUUUUUUUAUAUUAUAGGAAACAUUUUUCUGAAGAUGAACCACUUUUUAUUAAUCAAGAUGAAGUGGGGUAUUCAUAAAUUUGUGUAAUUAUAGCAUCCAUUUCUGUGGUUUGUAAUUUAACUUAAAACAAUGCAAAAAGACAAAUCAAACACAAUUUUUAUUUUCAUGAAUCAUUUUCAAUUGGUUUAUGAAGUUGGGCUAUAUUUUGCAUUAGGUUUAAUUUAAUGUAGGAUAGUUAAUCUUAAACAAAAUGUUACCAAUGAUUUUCCUGAUCUGUUGAUUUUUUUUUUGUCUCCCUUAAAACCUGGUGCAGAUUUUACACACCAAUGGUAGCCAUGUACUGAGUGUGUAGAUUGUGUACUGAGUACAUCGACUGUGUACUGAGUACAUCAGCCAUGUACUGAGUGUGUAGACUGUGUACUGAGUACAUCAGCCAUGUACUGAGUGUGUAGACUGUGUACUGAGUACAUCAGCCAUGUACUGAGUGUGUAGACUGUGUACUGAGUACAUCAGCCAUGUACUGAGUGUGUAGACUGUGUACUGAGUACAUCAGCCAUGUACUGAGUGUGUAGACUGUGUACUGAGUACAUCAGCCAUGUACUGAGUGUGUAGACUGUGUACUGAGUACAUAGACUGUGUACUGAGUACAUCAGCUGUGUACUGAGUACAUCGACUGUGUACUGAGUGCAUAGACUUGUAGUGAGUACAUAGACGGUGUAGUGAGUACAUCAGCUGUGUACUGAGUACAUCAACUGAGUGCAUAGACUGUGUAGUUGGUGCAUCAGUAUUGCACAGAAUGCAGCAGCAGUGUACUGGGACAAAGUGCACUAGAUGUAUAUGAUUAAAGUGCACAUAACACGAGCAGUGCACUAUCCCACAAUACAGUACACAGAUGGUAAAUGACUGCACUGUAUUCCACCAGCCAUCAACAGUGGCACACCAGUAAUGCAUGUGUCGUGGUAUAAGAUGCAUUGCUGUCUACUACAGUACAUAAGGACUAACCCAUGUUAGGAUUCUGUAUUACAGUUUAUCUAAUGUUCAAACGUUUUAUUUCAUUUUAUUUUUGGAAAUGAGAAAUCUAUUUUUUUUCUGUCUGGAAUUUUAAAAAAAAGUAAAAUA